AGUACCAAAUUAUUCUGCAGACUCAUUUCAACAACGUCGGGUGUUUAAUAUCUCUAAGAUGAUGCUGUGUAGCACAGAUAAAGACAUCUGCGCUAAUAAACCCAAAAAUCAGUUAGAAUUAAAAGUAAAAUGUUACAAGACAGUAAUUGUGCUCAGCCUAGAAGAUAAUGUGACUAUUCGCAAAAUAAAAGUAUACCUAGGCUUGAAGAUCAAGGCGAAUGUGAAAUUGAUAUCAUUGAUGCAUAAAGGCACAAUGCUGCAGGACGAAAAGUGUCUGGCUGACUACCCGAUCGAGAAUAAAGCUGUGAUACAUGCGGAAGUUUUGAAGAAGGACAAGAGUAAAACCAACAGCGAUGACGACCUCGAUUCCUCAUCGAUUCGAUCCUUGUGGAAUAAUGAUUGUAAAAACGGCAGCGAGAUUAAAAAGAACUUUAUUUCUAGGAAGGAAAAGCCUGCGACGAUGGACGAGUUCUUUGGAAAUCCGAAGCGCGUCAUUAAUUACUUUGAAAACGUACCCUUGUACUCAUCGAAGUUAAAGUCUGAUAAAAUAUUUCACGAUUACGUUUACAACAGGCAAGACUUGCUGCGCGAAGCGUUCACGUUGAGCAAUUACAUGAACUUCAAGUUACCAAACAUCGAGGAAAUGAAGAAAAAAAUAGAAGCCAACAACGCAACUCAGUUGGAAGAAAUUACAAAAAAAAUGAACGGAAUCGGGAAAAACAUUAGGGAUGCUGCGAAUGAUGGGUCUGAAAGAAUUUAUAAACAGAAAGAGGAGAUUUGCGACGAUAAAGCUGCGGAAGAAUGUUAUAAUCGUUUAAGCAAUGAGCAGAAAAAAAAUAUUAGCGAACUAAUGACACGCAUCACCAAUGAUCCGGUCUACAAGAGUUUCAUGAAAAUGAACGAAGCCAAAAUCAACGAUUUAAUUCAGAAAACCAAUAGCAGGCAACACAAGAAGGCCGUCCGAAGGCUGCACAAAACGAAGACCGUCGAUCCCGAUUUCGAAUUGUUUAAAGACAUAUACAAGAGUCUCGAGGACGAGGAAUAUCCAAUUCCAAAUAACGAAAAUAAAAACGAGUUUUCUUCUUGGAAUAUAGCAAUAAGCAUGAGCGCGCGUCUAAUGAAAAUGUGGAAAUUGUUACCGAACAAAGAACUGUUUAAUACACUCAAUCAGAAUAAUUUUUUCAGGGACACCGUGAUUCACGGCCCGCGCAGAUUGUACGUGAUGAAAUGCAUUGCGGAAAAUCCAUCAAAGAUAAGCAAGAUCCUGAGCACCAGUGCGUUGCUCAAAAGAAAUCCGUACGUGAGGGAAAUGAUCCUGAAGGAUGUGCCACGCAACUUACAGAGCAUAUACGAUCCUGCCUUCAAGAAAUUCAUUAACAAUCCGUACGUUCUGAACACGCUACUGUUCGGCUUCGAGUACUGCGAGAACGAGGAAUCAGAGGAAUCGUACGACAUCUUCAUUCCGGUGGAAACUGCGGAGGAAAUGAAAAUGUACGAACUGGUGUACAACGACCAAUUGGCAAUAUUAGACACGAUGGAUUUCGUGAAUCGCGAUGCUAAUUUGCGGGCGCUCAUCUCAUCUUCGGGUAAUAUUGAGAAAGCCAAGGAAAUCCUUCUGGGAGUUGACAAGUUGGGAUUUUAAUUUUAGAGGAUCAUUGACCACGACAACUUUUUAAUGCAUUUAAUAUUUUCGUACGUUAAUUUUAAACGAUGUUCUCUGAUCAAACUAUAUAUUUUUAACAUGUGUAUUAGUGUAAUUGAGCUAAUUGUAUGUGUAGUUUACAUACAAUAUAGAGUGCCAAUAGAUGUUGCAGUACAAAUAA